CGUUCAACAACAGGUCUGGCUUUCCCUGGGGCUUUUGUGUUGUGUUCCUGAGCACACAGCAAUUAUGUCCCUUCGUACACCCACCAAACGUCCCCACACGUGACGGUAUGGGUUUGCUUACACGGGUGUGUUUAGUUUUUAGUCACGUUUCCCACCACGCGGAGAGUGUUUGAUAACGAGCAGAACCCGCUUGUGUAACCAGCAGCUUUAUAAGUCGGAAACUGCCGCAGCGCAUCUGUUGUCUGGAGACCUUGCUGCUGGAGGCUCUGAUACAUAAGAAAACAUCGAGAUUAAGACGUCCCUGACUCAAGAUGGCGUCCCACUCCCCACUACUCAUCGUCCUCGCCACAGGCAACUUGACGUUCUUCAUCAUCAAUCAGAUAAUGGGUGCAUUGAACAUGGAGGAAUUCAGAAAAAUGCUGGGCAUUGAUACUAAUAUUUUCGGCCAGUCUGUGGGCGAUGCCUCGGAUCAACGGUACAUCGAGAUCACGCCCUCUUCAGCCACCUUCAGUAUCUGGGGCGCCAUCUACAUAUGGCAGGCUGUCUGGGCCAUCUACGCCCUCGUCAACAUCUGUCGACGUACCCCCGAUGGCUACGUCUACAACAGCCCCACCCUCCUCACUGCGACCUUUUUUGGUGUCUCCAUCCUCAACUGGAUGUGCGUCAUCACCUGGACCUUCGUGUGGGGAUGGGGCCACGUGUGGGUGGCCUUCGUGUUCCUCGCCAUCGUCUUCAUCACCAUCUACAUCUGCAUAGGACUCUCCUACAGGGCACUGGCACAACACCACGACACUCUGGUGAAACAAGGACGUAAAGUGGACAUCUGGUUGGUGCGCAUGCUGGUGCAGAAUGGUCUUGCCUUCUAUGGUGCAUGGUGCACUAUUGCCACACUCCUCAACCUUGCAAUGGCUCUUACUUACACCUCCCAUCCACAAUUUGACCAGAGUACUUCCUCCACCAUCUCUCUCAGCAUCCUGUCCCUUGAGCUGACAGUCUUCGCUCUCUCUGACUGGACAAUUAUGGACAAAUACUCACGCUAUACGUUUAGUCCCUAUAUCGUUGUCAUCGUCGCACUCUCCGGAAGUAUUGUCAAGAACUGGAACCCGGGAAAGACCAACUCUAUUUUCACAGCGGUUCUAUUGGGAGUGUCGAUCUUAUGCUUUAUCACCAAGAUGGUUCUCAUGUUUUGGCGACAUUGUCGGGACUCGGACAGAAACAGAGAUGAACUUCCGACCACCACUGAGAAGCAGAGUAUUAGACUGUGACAGAGGGAUGCUGGCUCCGGCCGUUAGAACAGUCUACAGUAGAGAAUGUGUUAAUAUAAAUGUGAAGCUAUGUGUGCGUAAAGUUCUUUAUGCACAAGGGCGUUGGUGUAGCCUAGUGGAGAAAGCGUUGGCUCGCCACGCCGAAGACCCGGUUUGAAUCCCCACAUGGGUACAAUGUGUGAAGCCCAUUUCUGGUGUCACCAGCCGUGAUAUUGCUAGAAUAUCGCUGAAAGCUGCGUAAAACUGAACUCACUCACUCCUUAUGCACUGUGAUACAUGACGCGAACGUAUUCCGAACAACCGGGAUGCUGGUUCCAUCCUUAGUUACUGUUGACAGAAUCGACUCGCAUCAUUAGUCAAUUCAUUAUGCAUUCUUUGGAUAUGUUCAUAACUUGUGUAAUAAAAAUAUUAAUACA